AUGGCCUUCAGAAAGUCAUUGAACCCUGAAGAAGCACGGCACAUCUAUCAGUGUGCGCUGCGAUAUGCUCAAGACCGACGCCAGACCCUACACCAAAUCCAAGAAUGCCGCCACAACCUCAUGCGUGAGAACGUCGAUCCCGGCACCCUCAGAAGGCAAAUACGUACCAUCGCUUUGACGGAAACGCAACUCAACUAUCGACGAGACGCGCCGUCCGAGAUACAAGAGCUAUACGUCCCGAUAGCCCGCGAUGUCUUUCCCGAUCCCGAUAUUCACAUGGAAGCGAAAGAGAUCUGGGAGAAUAACGAGAUUCACGAGUGUUACCUCCGAACAUGGAGAUGUGUGCAGAGGGUGCUGCUCGAGAUAGACGAUCGGCUGAAAUGCUACGGAUUCGCAAAGUUGGAGAAGUCGAAGAUGGCUGCAAUGUUGGAGAUGCUCGUGACGCAAGUUGGGCGAUUGCGCGAAGCACUGGUGGGUUUGGUGAUUGUUGAUCGUUUUGCGGAUGAGAUGGAUCAGAUUGCCUUGAGCAAAGAUGGAAAAUGGUCGGCGAGUUCUGAGCUCUGGAUGGUUUGGAAUCAGAUGCAACAGGAUAUGAAAUGUGGAUGCACUGCUUGUACGCCUCUUGAUCCGGUGACAUCGAGUGAACCUGUGUUGGAAAUUCCGUACUUACCGCACUAUGAAUGA